GCGGGGGUGGCGGCGGCGAAGUGGAAGGCAACGAGGAGGCACCGACAGUAGCUCCCAGACAGUGACUCCGCGCGUAACGACAUGUAACCGGUGAAUAGAUUUUGCUGUAUGUUAUGUCAUCGAUGACAAUUCCUCGGCAUCGUCGAGAAUUCGCGCACGGUCAAGGAUAGAAAGUGUCGUUUUCAUCGGAUCGAGCGAUACGAUCCUCCCGCGAACGCGCCCUGAAAACGGACCUUGAAGUCGCCGAGUCCAGACAGUGGAAAGGAUUAAAGAAUUUCGAGGAGAGAGAUUUAGGGUGCGACAAGGCCGGUGCAACCACCGUGUAAGUAGACAGAGAGACAGAGUGAGACGGUGAACAGUGACGUUGAAGAGAGAGAAGGAGAGAGAGAGAGAGGGAGAGAGAGAGACAGAGAGAGAGAGAAAGAGGAGAGGCGAAUGGUUCGAGAGAAGCUCGAUGGGUCGAACGUACUCAGUGCUGCCAGCCGUAAGCUCGACGGAGUCGACGCCGCAAGCUCGAUGCAAAUCGACGUUGUACAGAUGCCUCGAUGAAAAUCGACGAGCCCGUUGAUCCUCUCCUCUCGCGUGCACCGCAUCACGGUUCGAUAGCCGAACGUACGAGCGUCGACGAGCUCCGUUACCCGACUAUACGGUGGACCUCUCCGGUGACCGGUCAGUUAUCGCGGUGGAACCACGAAAUUCCGUGUGUCCGGUGUCAGUGAACCCUCGAACCGGGUCCUCUUGUUGCCGAAGAUACGCGAAAGAGACAGCAGAAGGGAGUACGCGUCUUCGGACGGAAACGCCGAGGUAGACCAAAGCGUGGCCUAUGUGUCCGGUGCAUCUGGCUCGCGGAAGUGCUGGGUCAACAAUGUCAAUGCCCUUAAGAUCGAUCGUUGCUUGCUCGAAACUGGCUUGUUUGUUAAUGGACGGUGAGAAAUUGACUUCAGGGUGAGUUGUAGUUAGCCGAUGGGGUGAGUCCACCCAUGAUCCGAACUAAUUACUUAGUAGCCUUAGCCCUGUGUCGCGAGGAACAUGGUCGUUCGCUGUCGAUCGAAGAAUGUAAUCGAAACUGUGAUGACCGGUCUCUGUCAACCGCGUAACGCGUGAGCGUUCAUGUGCCGAGGAUACUCGAAGUGCUACCCCGUAGACGCGAGGUUCGCCGGUCGAGCGUCCGUGGAAAAAUAAUUGAACGUGAUUGGAGGAACAGAAGCGGUUGCCAGAAGAAGUCGUCUCCGUGGACGAGUGGCAGAGUAAUAACCGCUCGUUGGAUGGAGUGAUGAGCGGGGCCCCUGCACGGGGCACAGCGCCCCGUCGUCAAAGACGUCAUCAUCAUCACCACCACCAUCAUCAGAAGCACCAGAAACAGCUACGGGACGAGCAAUCGUCCGACGAGCCGGAAGAGAAACGGCCGAAGGUGAAUCCGAUAUUUCUGUGGGCCUCGCAGCGAGAGCAGAGGAUCGUCGAGGUGAGAUGCGAGGACUACGACAAGAGGAAUCGCAUCAAGCUGACCAAAACGGCGCAGGGAUGGCGUUCGAUACCGAGAACCGCUUCGAACAUGUACUCGACCGACUUGGGUGUCACUUUCCAGAGAACGAGCGGCGCGAACUCCUCGAGUUCGUCCGUCACAAACGGCGAAAAAGAUGUCGACAAGCGGACCGAACGCGUCGCGCUGGAUCUUCAACAUAUCCCGAGGAAAGAGUUGGCGAAUGGCCGUACCAACGGUCUGGUCGACAGAGACGGUGCCGGAAGGAAGAGGAGUUACGAUGAGAUUAACGGAAAGAUCGAGCAUCGACGGGACUAUGCUUAUUCUAUGGACAGAGUGCGAAAUAACGCGAGAGUCGAAGCGCGGUGGGACGACGAGCGGCAACGAGAGUCAUGCUCCGAUGACGAGGAGGAUGACGAGGAGGAAGACGACGAGGACGAAGAGGACGAAGAGGAAGAGGAAAGGGACGAGAACGAGAACGAAGUGGAGGAGGAAAAUAGAUUCGACAAAGACUUGACCAGAUGCUAUGGAAGAAGCAACCUGGAAAGGUUGCAGAAGGAUAAGCUGUUUCAGCCGCGAGUCGUGCUGGAGCAGCUACACUUUUCUCGAUUGCCCGAGGGCGUUCAUCAGAAUGUCCUUCAGAGACGGGAAAAAGACCAGAAGGGGCAGAGCGAGGAUGAUGUUAUCGCUGGUGAGGAGAAGGCAGUAGUAGAUAAUGAAAAAAGAAGACACAUGAACAAGGCGGGCAUUCAGGAUAUACUGAACAUGAUAGAUGCCACCGCUUCGCCCGUUCUAGCUACCGAUACGCCCAGCGCCGAUCUCCCGGUCGACUCCACGAAAACGUAUGAGAUUCUCAACGAGAAUUUCCACGGUAGAUCCACGGACAGAAUCAAAGAUUCGAACGCGACCAUGCUGAUGGAGUUGUCUAACAAAAUCAAGGAUCAGACGAGGACCGACGUGAUCUCGGACUAUCGGCACGAAGACGAGGACAAAAACAGCGAGCACCUCGCCGAGGAUAAAAUCGAGAUAAACGAAGAGAAGAUCCUCGCGAGCUAUGAGACCGAAGGCGAGGAGAGGAAGAAGAAGCCUAGGAUAAAGGACGAUGUGAUCAUUGUGUCCGUAAAAAACAAUUCGGAUUCGAAAUCGUGUAAGAUCGUCGAAGCGGACGGUGGUCUCGCGAGUCGAGCCAAGUGUAAAUCGAAUUCUCGUUCUAAGUGGCAAAACGUGGUGACCGUGGACGACGACGCGCAGCUGGAAACGGAAGAGGAACGACCGGACGAGCCGGGAGAACCGAUCAAACUAGAUUACAACGACAGCUCGAAGAUUCUGAACGCGCUCAGGAACACUCCGGGUCUGUCAGUCUCCAUAACGAGAACUCACACGCCGGAGAGCACGAAGUCGAUAACGAGACCGGCGUCGAAGGCAUCGUCCUCGAGCAGAUCGCCAGAUUCCCAAGCGGAAUGCGUGGAGAGGUUGUUGAAAAACGCCGACUCCGCGACGGAGGCGCGUGGCACGUCCUCUCCGAAGAGUCUGCCGGGCCUGUCGAUCAUCAUUCCCAGUUACCGGUACAGGAACUCUCAAACCGUCGCGACACACUCGAGUUCUCCCAGCGCAAAGGCUCGCGUCGAGUCUCCGGAAAGCACCGUGAAUUUCCCGAAGAACGACGGCUAUGCCGACGAGUCGAAGCUGGACGGAUUCCCUCACGAGGAGGACGAGGACGAACGGGACAUCGAGGAGAUCGAGGACGACUGCGACUCGCAGGUGCUGGAGGAUCUCAGGCGUCAGAAGGCCGAUUCCUUGGCCUACGAGUCUGACAGGGACUAUUUCCAUAGACAGACCUCGGGGAAUUCGGAGGAUCGUAGAACUCCUUUGGAGAACGCGAAGAAUCAGGCGCACUGGAUAAGCUCGAGCAGAAGCAGCGAGGCGCAAGCGAAAUGCAAAUAUCAGGAUGUAGAACAUUUCGACGAGCAAGUCCUCGAGGAACUUCGAACCCGUGGCACGGUUGUAUCGCCGCAGCCAAGUGGAAUCCCGUGUUCGCCGGCUUCUAGGAGGCCCUCCUCCGCGUAUCUCGAGAGACUACUACCUAGUCCGCCUUGUUCGGUGUCCUGUUCGGAGGACGCGAAGAACGAUCUAACUUUGAAGGGUAUCUUGUCGUCACCGAAUCAACUGGAGGCGCGAGACUACGAGAAACAGAAGGAGAUAUCGAUCCGCUGCGAGCAAGUGCCCAGUGAUCAUCUUCCCGUGCGGACGGAUCACGCGAAGGACACCGAGAGGACUAACGCGAACAGAAAGGGUAACAGGAGCUUCCAGGAACGGUCCGGUGUUCACGGUCAGGAGAUAAGGAACUCCGGCAGACCGAUGUCCAGCGGUGAUAUCCACAGUACGUAUCUCGUGACGGAUCGUGCCACGCCCAAAAGGCCGAUGUAUACCGAAUGGUCGGUCGGUCGACAAAAGAGCCAAUCGAGUUCCUAUCAAAAAUCCUCCGGGAAGCUCCGAAUGCACGCCAUGGAGGAGGCCUGUGCCACCUCCACCAGCACGGAUAAACUCCUCGAUCCUGCUAGUCAGCUUAGAGAAUUGAUCGAGACGUCUGGACAUUUGAUACCGGAUCCUCUGCUGGUGCCGAGGGAUUACUUGCCGGGUCUCGCCGCGGCUCCCGCCACCGAAAUUCCGAAAUUGCUCGCCUCUCGGCCGGAGCUCAGGCUACCGGAGGCAUUGACCAGACCGGAUCUCCUCAGGGAUCCAGAUUUAUUGGUGAUAUCCCUGGCGCAUCUUCAGCACGUACUCGAUCACGGCGAGGGCCCGGUCUCCAGGUCGCGACACUCUCAUACGAGGAUCAACAACGGCACUAACAAAGGGUCCGGUCACGCGAGCAACGGGAUGAAAAACGCGUCGCAAACGAGGCCCAAGCUCAGCUGCAAACCGAUCGGCACGCUAAUGCCCGCGCCGAUCGAUCUUUCCAGUAGCCGGAGAACCAGCCCUUACCCGCCGUUGCUCAAGGUACGGACCGGGUUGCUUAAACAGGAACCGGAAGUCAGCUCCACGGCCAGCUCGCCUGAUGACUCGCAGCUAUGGCAUCCUCUAUUCGGCAGUCAAAAGAGGCAACUACAGCAACAACAACAGCACCAUCACCAGCAACAGCAUCAGCAUCAACAUCAGCACCAGCACCCUUCAUGGCACAGAACCACAUUAGCAUCUUGACCAUCGUGACCUUGACCCUGACCACAAGCCAAGUAAUCCUGAUACAAAGGAGAAAGGAUUCUCAUCAGCGAGGAAACGUAUCAACGCGAUUUCAUUCUCGAUCCUCGAGAAGAAACCUGGAAGAGCCAUCAAGAAGAUGAAAACACGAGGGGAGGAAUCUUCAACGUUGCUGUUUCAACACACUUUGAACAUACACUCCGACGUGUUCGUCGUGUUUCUCUCGGUCAGAGUACUAUCUUUUGAUGAUCUUUGUUGCACAUAGGGUCUCCCAUGUCCGUCGUGGUUACCUUCGUAGAGAGCUGCUGCUGCUCUGUAGAGGCUCUGUCGUGAGUCUGUUUGUGGACAUAUUUUUUGCCUGUGUGAUAGUUUUCGUUGAGUUUUACUGAGACUGUUUCUAAUUUUCGUGAUCUAUUUUAGAUUUAUGACGUGACACGGUGAUGGCAUCGGUGCAGGGAGGUUUAGAAAUAUUGCGACAGAAUUUUCGC